CUGUUGUGUGAGCAUCAUUGUUUACCUGAGCUGAGACUUCAAGUUUCCGGAGUUUUUCUUUUUUUUUGCUUCGAAAAGCCAUCGCAAGACUACAGCCAACAUGGAUAUAACUAUCUCUAUGCUGGGGGAGUCCCACAACCUGAGGGUGAACCCACAGGACACAGUUGGCUCUCUGAAAAUAAAAAUCCAGGAGAAACUGGGAGUCGACCCCCAGACGCAGAAACUACAUUUCAUAAACGGCCAGAGGACCCCUCUCAAUGACGACUCCAAACCCAUCAGCUACUACGGCUUACAGCACGGCUCCCAGGUGUCCCUGCUGGUCACCAAGCCUCCCAUGGAGGUGUUCCUCAUAAAUAAUAAGGGACAGAAGAAGACCUAUGAGUUCCGACCCGGCGAGACCGUGAGCAACUUCAAGAACAGAAUCGAGCAAAGAGAGGGGGUGGCAGUGAGCCAGCAGAGGCUCAUUCAUGACGGCCGACAGAUGCAGGAUGGCAAACUGGAGGACUACAACGUCAGAAACCACAGCACCAUCGACAUGACUUUACGUCUGAGAGGAGGCUAAGGACACUUUAACAUCGUUCAUACGCCAGAAAAAAAUGUACAUUAUAGAAUCUUAAAAAGUUUGACUAAUCUUGUAUUUAUUUUUUUAAUCAUUGUUACUUUUAUUUUGAAGAAAAGAAAUUCCCACUAUGUGUUCUGUUACCUGUUCGCAAAUCUGUGUUUUCUUUUGGCAGAACAAACAACUGUAAUUCAUACAAAUUAACAUUUUA